AUGGUGGCAAAAUUGUCUCUGAUAUUGGAUAACACAACGAGCAAAGCUUGGUUAGGUCGUGGUUUGCUCAAGACACGCGUCAAUACGUAUUACGUCAGUCUCGGCGAUAAGCAGAGACCGAAGCUCUUGAUCAUAUUCGCGGCCAAAAGUCUGAACACCAUAGAACUCGAAAGUGUUGAAUUAACAGUCUACUCAAUUGUGAUGGCACCUUCUAAUAACGUUAACUCCUUUCGAAAAGCACUACAACAAAGCAAGAAUCUCAUCCUCGUUGCCGGUGCUGGGUUAUCAGCUGCAUCAGGCAGGAAUACCCACAUUCCGGGGUUCCGACUCUUGGAUCCUAACUAUCGGGGCGCCGUCGCACCCCUCGCAAUUAACUGUACACUUAUAACUCAAAAUGUGGAUGGACUCAGUCUUCGCGCUCAAGAUGCACUUGGAUCUGAAUCCCUUGAUAAUGUUGGCACUUCAAAUCUGAACCAGGGUCAAAUAAUAGAGAUGCACGGUCGGCUGCUCGAAACGCUCUGUACAAAAUGCAAGCAUCGUAACCUAGACACACGCUCUCCUAUAUGUCCUGCCCUGGCAGGUACAGAGCUACGUACUGAAGCAGUCAUGGAUGACGCCGGAAAGCGCGUUCCUGAGGCCGAGAUCUCCCCGAAUGAUCUACCUAGAUGUGGCAAAGAUGGGUGUGGAGGCCUUCUUAGACCAGGUGUGGUUUGGUUUGGUGAGUCUAUACCCCGACUGAACGCAAUUGAAAGCCUGGUCGAAGAGGCGGACAUGUGUUUGGUGGUCGGCACAUCCUCGGUGGUUUAUCCGGCAGCCGGGUUUGCGGAUGUAGUGCAGGAUAACGGCGGUAAGGUCGCAGUUUUUAACAUAGAGGCGUCUCAGGGCGAUCAGAAUGCGGAUUUUCUGUUCCUCGGGCCUUGUGAAAAGACUUUGGGAGAAGCGCUAGGGAUCGAAGUACCAAUUAUACGGGAGGCAUAG